GAGCUGGUUUCAGUUUCCAUGCGAAAAUCCAAGUUGAGAGCCAAGUCAUAUUUCCUAGCAUCAGCAUGGCUUUUGUUGCUGCUUUAUGCUUGAGCUCGGUUCUCGUAUUCUCGAUAUCUGCAGGAGCAGAUGCACUGAGCUUGAAUUACUAUGAGAAAACAUGCCCUGGUGUCGAUUCCAUUGUUACAAAUGCUGUCAAUAAUGCAAUGAUGAAAGACAAAACGGUCCCCGCAGCGCUACUCCGGAUGCAUUUCCAUGACUGUUUCAUAAGAGGCUGUGAUGCUUCUGUUCUGCUAAAUUCGAAAGGGAACAACAAAGCAGAGAAAGAUGGCCCACCUAAUAUCUCUUUGCAUGCGUUUUAUGUCAUUGACAACGCAAAGAAAGAAGUGGAAGCUUCAUGCCCAGGAGUGGUAUCAUGCGCUGAUAUCUUGGCUUUAGCUGCAAGAGAUGCAGUUGUAUUUUCCGGAGGUCCAACAUGGGAUGUCCCAAAAGGAAGAAAAGAUGGGAGAACGUCAAGGGCUAGUGAAACAACACGGUUGCCUUCUCCUACCUUUAAUAUCUCUCAGCUGCAGCAGAGUUUCUCUCAGAGAGGUCUGUCCCUGGAUGACCUUGUGGCUCUUUCAGGUGGCCAUACUUUAGGGUUUUCCCACUGCUCAUCCUUCCAAAGCAGAAUCCGCAAUUUCAAUGCCACUCAUGACAUAGACCCAUCCAUGCAUCCAUCGUUUGCAGCCAGCUUAAGGAGUAUUUGUCCAAAAUCGAACAGGGCAAAGAAUGCAGGAACAACCAUGGAUCCCUCGUCGACAACUUUUGAUAAUACAUAUUUCAAGUCGAUCCUCCAGAAAAGGGGUCUAUUCUCCUCAGACCAAUCUCUACUCAGCACUCCAAAGACUAAAGAUUUGGUCACCAAGUUUGCUAGCUCCAAAGCCAAUUUCAAUAAGGCUUUUGUAUCAUCCAUGAUCAAGAUGAGUAGCAUCACAGGCGGUCAGGAGGUUAGGAAGGAUUGUAGGGUGGUAAACUAAGGUUCUGUUAGCUUGGUUCAUUACUUUUAAACUGUGAAAUGGCAAUCCACCACAUGUAUCGAUAGCAAAAACUAGACAUCUGAUUUGCUAAUAGCUAUGAAGGCCAUCUAUCUUAUAUUGUAAUAGAUAUUUUGAAGAAUAAUACAUCCAGAUAUAUUUUCUUGGUAA